AAUUCCGCAGUCCUUUCUGCAGGAUGAUCCGAUCCAUAGAGAGGAUAAUACCCGAUUCAAGCGCCCAUAGUUAAUUAGCUCUUCGGCAGGCUGAAUCAGUCGAAAAGAGGAUUCGAAAGGCCAUCACUGAAGAAAUGUCGACGUGGAGUUUAUUACCCGAUUCAAGCGGCAAUUGUUUCCGGUGGGAAGUCGCAGGCCGGAUUCUCCAGUCGGACUCGGAAGAUUCUGCUAUUGAAUCCACAGCUCCUCUACCUUCUAUGAACGAUCUCUUGCUCCAAGGAUGGUCGAAGCUUAAACAAGGGGAUGGAGCGCUGUUCAGGACUGGAAUGGGGAAUUCUGUAGCUCUCAAAGCCAAAUCUGUUUUAGAAGAUGAACAUCAUCAUCAUCCAGAUGGAGGCUCCAAUCUCCAAUCAGAUUCAGCUGCAACUUUGCCUAUGUUCAGGACCGCCUCAGGGCGUUCUGUCCCAUUGAAAGACUCCUCCAUUGCCAAAGCUAUUUCUAUUCUUGGCCCCCCUCACUCAGAUAACGUUCCUCUCAGGGAGAGUGGGUUUGGUGAUCCCAACUCUUUUUUCCAGACACCUUCUAACAAGAUGGUUAUUGUAGAUGACUUUACUGGAUUUAACCACGUGAAACGGUCCAAUCAGAAACGUGGCUGCUCUGAGUUAAAAACUCAUGCUACAGGGGUUCUGCAUCAUUCAGAAACUCCAGGCCAGUACGAGGGCCAUGUAUUUCAGAAGAUAUCAGAAAGUUUAUAUCCAUCUGCAGUGGUGCCGCCAACAAUGUUUCAGACUGCUGGUGGAAAAACGUUGUCUGUAUCAGUUCAGGCAUUGAAACGUGCCAGAAACCUUCUCGGAGACCCUGACUCAGUGACUCUCUUUGAUGAUGUACCAGCAGUUGAUCAGUUUUCUACACCACAGAAAGUUCAAAGGUUAGGUGAUCUUCCUAUAAACAAUAGAAACGCCAACACUGGUUAUAAUGCUUUUGAAGGAAAGACAAGCAACAAGCAUACGGCAACUAGUUUUGUAUCUCCUCUUCGGUCAUCUUCAAAGCAAUUUAGAUCAGUCAAAUUGGAGGAUCUAGCUUCAGGGGGUAAUUUGAUCAAGAAAUUUGAUGCGGCUGUUGAUGACACAGACCGUGCUCUGAAUACUACUAAACUUGCUACACAUGGAGUAUCAAAUAACAGGCCUAUGGCAGUGAAUAAUGCCAAGGCAAACGGUUUCAUUCCAAUAGCUAAACAAUCUGGCCAGCCACUUGUUGAUAUAACAAAUCGCAGUGCAAACAAUAAACAAGACAGUACCCAAAAGAAAAGACUGGGAAAGACAAUCUUCGUUUCUCCUUUUAAAAAGCCAAGGAAUUCCUCCUUCAAAACUCCUUUAAAGAAAAAUGCUCAGCAUGCUUUAAGUGGUUUGUCUAUCGUAUCUUCUGAUACACUUAAUUCCAAAAAGGUGCUUUCUACAAGAUAUCCAGAAAGGUCUCCAAGAGUAUAUAUCAAGGAUUAUUUUCGAAUGCAUCCAACAGUUACGACUAAGAUGAACUAUGUGCCAGACCAUGUCAGAAGAAUCAAAUCAAGCAAUGCAGAUAAAUAUGUAUUCCGUGAUGAGUCUUCCUCAAAUAUGGUUGGAGCUGAAACUUUUUUCCAAAUGUUGGCUGAGUCUGGUGCUUCCCUACGACAAGCAUCUAGAAAGUGGGUCAUUAAUCACUACAGAUGGAUCGUCUGGAAACUUGCAUGCUACGAGACAUGCUACCCAGUCAUAUGUAGAGGAAAUUUUCUGACUAUCACCAAUGUUUUCGAAGAACUGAAAUACAGAUAUGAGCGAGAGGUCAAUCAUGGUCACUGCUCUGCAAUCAAGAGGAUUCUGAGUGGUGACGCUCCAGCUUCUUCAAUGAUGGUGCUCUACAUAUCAGCUAUUAAUCCAAAGACGGAUAAUGAUUCUCAGAAAGCACUUGGUUCUGGUAGUGGCAGCAAUGUGAAAGUAGAGCUCAGUGAUGGGUGGUACUCCAUGAAUGCUGCCCUGGAUGUCAACCUGACAAAGCAGCUGAAUGCUGGAAAAUUGUUUGUUGGACAGAAGCUUCGAAUCCUUGGGGCAGGACUUUCUGGUUGGGCUACACCAACAUCACCUCUUGAGGCAGUGAUUUCAAAUACGAUUUGUUUGCUGUUGAAUAUUAAUGGGACGUACAGAGCUCACUGGGCGGACCGACUAGGAUUCUGUAAAGAAGUUGGUGCUCCUCUGGCCUUCAACUGUAUCAAGGGCAAUGGGGGUCCAGUGCCUAAAACGUUAGCUGGAAUCACACGAAUAUACCCUAUCCUGUACAAGGAAAGGUUAGGUGAAAGGAAGUCAAUUAUUCGAUCAGAGAGAAUGGAAAGUAGAAUGACUGAGCUGCAUAACCAGAGGCGCUCAGCUCUUAUUGAGGGUCUUAUGUGUGAGUACGAGAGAGGAGGAAAUGGUGUCCACAGCCAGAACGACACUGACAGUGAGGAAGGAGCCAAGGUCUUUAAGCUGUUAGAGACUGCUUCUGAACCUGAACUCCUAAUGGCAGAAAUGAGUCUGGAGCAGUUGACAUCUUUCACUACAUAUAAAUCAAAAUUCGAGGCAGCCAAACAAAUACAGAUGGAAAAAUCAGUGGCACAAGCUCUGGAAGAAGCUGGCUUAAGUGAAAGGGAUGUCACCCCAUUCAUGAGGAUUAGGCUUGUUGGACUGACGAGUUUAAGUUAUGAAGGAGUACACAAUCCAAAAGAAGGCAUAGUAACCAUCUGGAAUCCAACGGAGAGACAGAGAACCGAGUUGACAGAGGGGAAAAUAUACAUAAUGAAAGGGCUAGUACCGACGGUAUCAGAUUCGGAAACACUUUACUUACAUGCCAGAGGGUCUAGCUCAAGAUGGGAGCCUUUGUCUCCAAAAGCUUCUUCAAGUUUUCAGCCCUUUUUCAACCCCCGUAAACCCAUUUCUUUGUCAAAUUUUGGUGGAAUUCCUCUUUCAAGUGAAUUUGAUAUCGCUGCGUACGUUGUAUAUGUUGGAAAUGUAUACACGGAUGUUGAGCAAAAGAAGCAGUGGGUGUUUGUGACAGAUGGAUCCACUCAACGCUCACGUUCAGGGGAAAUCUCAAACAGUCUUCUUGCUAUAAGCUUCAGUACCCCAUCCAUGGAUGACUUGCCCACUCCCCACAUCAGCCAUAGUCUUGUCGGAUCCGUGGUAGGAUUUUGCAACCUAAUAAAAAGGGCAAAGGAUGCGAAAAACAAUAUGUGGGUUGGAGAGGCAACAGAGAACUCAGUGUAUUCCAUAAACGCAGAAGCUGCUUACUCCUCUCACCUCAAAACCAGCAGUUCCCAUAUCCAAACAUGGGCUAAGCUCUCUUCUUUCAACUCGGUAAUCCAUAAACUUAGGCAGAUAGUUCUAUUUGUAAUCGGUGCUUCAACAUGCUCAAGGUGAAUUAUUAAUAAAAGGAAAACAUAUCAUUUAGACAAAAAUAAACUAGCUCGCAAGGGGAGGAAUUUGUAAUGAUCACAAAAAAUGGAAAAGCAAUUGAUUCCAGACAUCAGGAACACCAGGUACACACCAAU